UUACCUUUUGCGCAAUUAAAAAGUUCAUUCUUCUUCUUCUUCCUUUUUGUUUCUUUACCCAACAAACCCUAAUCUCUUAUUUUAUACCUUUUCAUUAAUUCCCUUCACGACUACCAUUUUAAUCUCCACCUUCCUAACCACAGCGGUUCGCCAGAAGCUCCUCAGCGCUGCCGCCAGAAAUUCCAUCAGCGCCGCCGUAGACCAGCAGCUCCUCACCCAGCUCGCCACGCCACCAGCAGCUCCUCUCCCAGCUGCUGCUUUGUGCUCUGUUCCGUCGUCUGCUGCAAUCUCUUGGUUUCUGAGCAAUGGAAGGUGUUGAUGAUGUGGCUUACUGGCCUACAGCGGAAUUUGAAGAAGACUCUAGGGAGCCCCUUUUUGAUCUUUCUUUAACAGACUCCGACUCAACUGAGUUUUGGCUCAUUCAAUGGCGACAUAAUGAACUUCCGGAUCUCCAUGGCAAAGAAUUAUCACUUAAUCUUCAUAGUGAUGGAUGCUUAGCGUCCUUUGAGGGAUCUUCAGGAAAAGUAUAUGAUGUGGUCAGUUGUGCUGCUCAAGAUCCUGAUGCAACUGUUUUCCUUUCCUCUGCAUCAGAAACAAAAUUUGUGGGGAAUAUUUCAAGGCGAGUUUCUCUUGCUCAUUUUCCUGAUCCGAAACAACUUGAGAAGGAAGCAGCUGAAAAGAAAUCAAAGCGACUCCAUGGGAUGUCUGCUGGAUCUUCCUACUAUUCUGCAACUCCAACCCAGACCAGCAAGCCAGGUUCUUCAUCAAGGGCACGUACGGCCUCAACACACAGUAGCAGGCAUAAAAGUUCUCUGUCUGAAUUUGGAGAGCCAACGAGUGCGAAAAGAAGACAGAAGCAUGAACAUGGUGCAUCAACAGAUAGAUCGACUCUAUAUUCAGGAAGGAGCCCGAAGUAAAUGUACUGUUUCAGGCAUCAAAGGAGAGUUAUGAAAACUAUUUAGUUGAGUCCCCCAAUUGUUUACAAGUGAUUGGAUAAAUGUUGUAACAAAAUUGUAUUAUGAUCUUUGGUAGUCCCUUAAUUGAUUUAAGCGGCAUAUGAUGCAGAGGUGAGUUUAUGCAGAA